UAACAAACUUAGAUUUUGCAACGAAGCGUACAUAAAUCUACAUUUUCCAGAAUAUUAAAUUUGACAUUAGCUAUACAGAUACAUAAACUGGCGUUGAGUCGUAACCGACAUAUUUAGAGCUGAAUCAACCCAAAUUUAGUGCCACGCUUUGUGAUCACCUGCUAGCAAAGAUCUAUUGGUUUUUUCGUCACACGAAAUAAAAAUUGAGUUUUCUAACAAUUUUCGGAUAUCAUUUGUGAUCGAAAGGGCUUGAUGUUCGUGACGGAGCAAACUCACCUACGACGAAAGAUCUAGUGUUUUUAGAGACUGGAUAGUAUCAGGAAGGGGGCAAUAGGAUGAAUAGUUUUGCUUUUAUAGUUGAAGUCCGGCGAUAAAAAAAUAAUUCGUAGAUACUUACAUGAAAACGAUUGCUUAAACCAUUAGCAGCGAGUAUAAUAUUUACAAUACAUCAGUAAAAUGUGGUUACUGAGGAGAAGCCGAUUACUUGGGUUGCGACGUGAUAGAGUUAGAUUGUGUUUUACGUGUUAAUGAAUGGUGAUACCUAAUGCAAAUUAGUUUGUCGAGUUAGUUUCACCUUAAAGAGGCUGUUUUUGUUGUACCUGUGUGCUUAACUCUGGUAAAUAAGUAAAAUUAUUAGUUAAUUCUGUACUUGACGGAGGUCGGCCUAAUGCUGUGAACAAAUGCUAGAAGUUCUAGGUGUCGAUGGGCUAUGUUUUGUGAUAUUAUAAAAACAUGGAUGUUGAUUCACCAGUUAGUUUAAAAAGAUCUAGCAGCGCUCCCAUGAUAAAUGAAUUGAAUACCACAAUGUCGGCAGCAUCCACAACAUCGUCUGCAAGGGAUUCUGGCCCAUUUGGCAGCAUAUUUUCAGCGGGCCAGCCCAGGACACGUCGUUUCAGCGCAAGUUUCAGUCCAGUACAUAACAUGAGUAGCGGCGCCUUACAAGGUCCUCGCUUGACUCCACGUGUCAGCCAGUUACGACAAGAAGAAUGCCUUGACCGUGAGGCAGCCCAUGAGCGUGAAAUACAUUCAGCAAUGCAGAUGUCACAGUCAUGGGAAGAUCUCACACUUGUUCCCGGAUCCCCAUCGUCGUCAACACCAUCAUCAAUGUGUAAGCAGCAGGAGCAGAAUGAAGCAAAUCGACGUAUGUUGCAACGUUACAUUGAUCAUCCCUUGCAACUGUCACUUCCAAAUACUGGAGGACCACCUGUGUGUUCAUCACCAUCACCAACAAGACAAGGUCUUGGAAGACAAUGCUUUUCACCAGGCUUUUUCAAGAACAGCUUAUCACCAAGCCCAACAAGAAAGGCCUUUGCCACCAGAAGAAGCUUAAGUCCUAAUACUGUUCGAGCUAGUUCACUGGGCCCUGUGAAACGCAAAUGUGAAAUAGAGGAUGAAAAGGUUGAUCCCUAUGUUCCUCCACCAGCCAAAAGGCCCAGUUACUAUGGAACUGAGAGAGCUGGUCUUCUAAUGACUCAGAAUAACAGAAUGGAUGCUUCCUCAAGUCCAUUACCAGGUUCCUUGAGUUCAGUGGGCACUCCAGAAUCAUUAUCUAGUGCUGACUCUCCUGGCUUCACAUUCCGGCCUGUUGACAGCCCAUCACCAGGACGUCCUGCAGCCUCCAUUAAUGAUGAACCAAUGCAAGAGGAGAGAACACCUGACCCAAGCAAAAGUGACCAGAUCAUGACUCAAGUUGGGGAAAAGAACCCUAGCUAAUCCAAACUUGCCUUAAACUGCAUUUCUUUUCCCAUUUUCUAGUCUGCACAGCUUCCCAGCACUUCAGUUCGUUGAAAGCUUUUUGUCUGUCACUUGAACUGUGCCAGACGAAUAUGCUGAAGACACAAAAACCAGUUCAUUGGGGUUUCGUGUUUCACUAUAGGAAUUAAAAGUUCUGUAGUGCAUUUUUUGACUGAAAGAUUUUUCUAUGUAUCUUGCCAAUGAGAGGGGUAUCUGCUAUACCAGGAAAGCUUCAGAGAUUAAUUUUUGUUGUUUCCUGUGCAAACCUGGUAGCAGUUGCUGUAUUAUUUGUAAUAAUCCUCUUCGAAAAGUGGAAAUACCUCAUUUCUCCUAUGUAUUAAAAUAUUUUGUAUGACUUGUGUUUUUAAGUAUCUUUAAAUAUGUAAUUAGUAUUUAUCAUUGUGUAGUUCAGUGUACUCUUUAAUGUAAGUCUUUUUCAGUGACGCUUUUUAUGCUGGCGUUAUAGUCAGUUUUGAUGCAUUGUGUUUAGAUUUAAUGUCUGUCUGUGAAAGUUUGUACACAAACUUUUUUUUAUGUAGCAGUAAAAGAAAAAUUUCUGCACACUAACAACUGCUGAUCCAUUCUUUUUUGCCCCCUUACAAGGACCUGUGUGCAGUUUCAAAGAUGUCAAGAAGUGUUAAAACAGAUUCUCAUUGUUUUGAAAACUAGGCAACUGUAUUUAAAAAUAUAUAUUUAUAAAAUUUUUAUGUUAGCUAUUAUGUUUGAUCCAGUAAAAUCGGUAAUACCAAACAUAACUUGGCCACUUGUGAUGCAGCAUACAGCAUUUAAUACAUCACACUCUUCUCAGACACUUAACUAUUUCUGUUUCAUUUAUUCUUUUAAAGGCAUUAUACUUUGGCUCUUUCCUAUUCUGUACAUCCAUGUUGCUUGAGAUCUGUAUAUUUGCAGUUGUGAACAUGAUGACUUAACCUGAAUCUAGGAAAUUGACUUG